CCUGGAGCCCGCGCUCUGCCUCGCCCCCCUGGCCCCAAGCCCGUUUGGGCUCCGUAGCCAUUUUGGGUCAAGCCAGCGGUCCAAUUCCACUUUGGGCUCCGCGAAGGCAGCAUCCAUAGAUGCCUUCUCCGAGGCAUGCGUGCGGUGGCCAGGCUGGGCUCCGUGGUCAAAGCACGGCGCGUCAAUCGCUGCUUGUUGGUGGCUUGCCCAGGCCGGGACGGGGAGUCCUACAAGGAGGCUUUGCGGUCACUUCAGCAGGCUGGCGUGACGGCCGAGGUCUAUUUCGCGCCAGCUGACUCUGCUGGCUUGUGCCCCGCGCCUUGCGCUGCUGACGCAGUCUCGGCCGCCGCGCGCGACACCGGUGCCGAGUUGUUGGUGGGUAUGGGCCCAGGGGGCGUACUGGACCUGGCAAAGGCUGGGGCUGCGCUGGCGCCUCUAGCAGCCUCAGCUUCUGGCGACGCUGUACCCUCAACAAGCCACUUCCUGCUGGGCGGCCCUGGUGCAGCCACGCUCCUGCCUGGUGCCUCUUUGCCCCUGAUCCUCGUCCCCACCACUGCCGCUGUCGCCGCCACCAGCGGCCGCUGCCUCCUGCGGACCGGCGCGCCCUUCGCAGGGGCGCUGGUUCCUCUGGCGGUGGCGGGGCCCGGGCCGUUCGGCGUCGGCCUCGGCCUACAGGCCGUCGACGUCGUCGCCGACGCCGCGCUCGCGGCGCGCCAGUCGGCCAGGGGCACGGCCGCGGCUGGCGCGCACGCCCUGAGCGUGUUCGCAGACUCCGCGGCGGCCGCCGCGGGCACCAUCAAGGAGGAGAUGCUCAGGGACGACAUGGCCGCCGGGCUGUGCUCCGCGGCCGUGGCGCUGCGGCAGCCGGCGGACGCGACGGUGGACGCGCUGCAGGCCGCGCUGGCUGCGGGCGUCGCCGCCUCCGACGCGGACGCGAACGCCCGCGGUGGCCUGAGCGUCGUGCACGCCCUCGCGUGCGUGCUCGCGGGCGCCAGGCCUGGGCUGCCGUUCGGCGCCGCGUGCGGGGCGCUGCUGCCCCCGGUGCUCCGGGCCUGGGCCUCGCGGGCCGAGGGCGGGGGCCUCUGCGAGGCGGAGAGCGAGGGCGAGGCCGACGACGCCGAGGCGGUGGUUCGCAGCCUGGCGCUGCUGGCCGAGGACGUCCUGCCGCCCCGGGCGCCGCAGCGCGCUGCCUCCGCCGGCCCUCAGGGCCCCGCCGCGCCGCUGCGCCGCCUCGCCGCCUUCGUCGAGGAGCGCUGCGCGGCCGCGGGCCUGCCGCCGGGGCUGCCGCUGGCGCCCGGCGAGUGCCUGGAGAGCGCCGCGGCGCUGCUCGCCGUGCGGGCCUCUGGCGCGGCCGCGCUGUGGCAGAGGCCGUCCCCGGGCUGGCUGCGGGAGCCGCGCGCGCUGACGGGCGUCUUCCGCGCCGCGCUCGCGGGCCCCGCGGGGUGAGCAAGGAGAAACAAGAGACCGUUGGGGCUGGUGCGUACCAGGAUCGGUGUAUAUGCCUUCCUGCCCACGCCAGGAGGGCGUAUACACCGAUCCUGGGAUGAGCCUGGACAGGAUCGGGGCCGCUGUAUAUAGCUGGCGUCCUCGCUAGCGUGCGCCGUGCCCGCAAACAUGUAGCAGCCUGCCAGGUCGCCACCCUCGCUUUGCACCGCUGCUGGUCUCACUCUCGCCAGGGCCGCUGCUGCUGCUAGGAGAGGGCGGCACACGACC